AUGGAUUUCGUAUUUGGUUUAUGUGUGCUCAGAAUAAUUCUAAGCAAUACAAAUAGUUUGAGUCAGUAUCUUCAAGGAAAAGAAGUUGAUGUUCUGUCAGCGCGAAGAAUAUCCAGCACGACCAUAGAGACACUACGCCGUUGCAGAAGUGAGCAAAAUUUUGACCUUGUUUGGCAAAUGGCAUCAUUAAUGGGUCUAAAGAUGAAGUCUUGGUUGGGAAAUUCGUUGUUUAAGGUACGAGAGGCAACAGUACCACGCCAUAAGACAUCGCGACGCCUACAGGCCCUUGUGGGUGAAUCACCCGGAGAUCGCAUUCAGGUGACACCAGAAUCUCAUCACAGAAUCAACACAUAUUACCUGUCUAUCGACAAAAUACUUUCCGAGCUUGAAGUGCGAUUCAGCGGAAAUGAUCAGCAAAUACUUUACGCCCUUGGUGAUGUCUGCCAAAGUGAAACCCCCAAAAUGGAGAGCUUCACCACAGUUGCUGAAUUUUAUGGUAUGGAUGAAGAGAUUCUACAGGUAGAACAGAAAAUGUUCACCACGUUUUGUCUUAAGCGUGGAUUACCCGAAGGAAAGAAACUUUCAGAAGUUCUUGGAUUCAUGCAAGAGAACCACUUAUUUGAAAUGCUUCCACAGUUUACUCAAGUAAUGGUAAUACUUGCAGUCAUACCAGCCACAUCAUGUUCCGCAGAACGUUCAUUCAGUGCCCUUCGCCGAUUGAAAACAUACCUCCGCAAUACGAUGAGUCAAACGCGGGUGAACAGCAUCGCAUUGAUUAACAUAGAGAGGGCCUAUGCAAACGCUGUGAUGAAUAAUGAGAUUGACCGCAUUAUUGACAUAUUUGGCAGCAGAAAAGGAAGAAACAGCUACUUUUUUUGA